UCUUUAUUGGGGGUGGGGGGGCUGGACUACAAGAGCCACACCUCUAAGGUAACCAGGUAGAUUUCUAGAUGAACAACUCCCUCCCCCUUUUAUUUGUUUAGCCCAUCACAUUGAGUUCAUUGAUUGACAGGUGACCCCAAGUCAGAUACGAUGGACGUAAGCACUCUCUAGAGGUCACAUGAGGGAACUAGGUUUGUUAUUGGGGGGGGGGGGUAGACUAGACUUUACAUUAUAAAUUCGUAUUACAUACGUAGCAGCGAUGUCUGGCACAUUUUAAAAGCUUGUCUUGACCUUUGAGUGGACUUGUAAACACGUAAUAUUCCUUAACUACGUCACACUGAUAAUCUGUCUAGAUGUGUGGGUAUAUCUCCAGAUGUAGAGAUGAGCAACCCCCACCUCCUUUUGUUUGUUUAGUCCAUAACAUUGAGUUCACAGAUAGGCAACUGACCACAUUAAGCCAGAUGUCAACGUGUUGACACUGUCUAGAGGUCACAUCUUAUGAGGGAACUGAGUUUGUUUACUUGGAGUAGAAUUUUUAUUAGGGGCGGGACUACAAGCCAAAUCUCUAUUAGGUUAAUCUAGUAUGAGUUUGUUUAUUAUGAGAUAGGUUGUCAAUCAAGGGUCUGGACCACAAACCAAAUUGUUAAGACAUAUUGACACUGUCUAGAGGUCACAUCUUAUGAGGGAACUGAGUUUGUUUACUUGGAGUAGAAUUUUUAUUAGGGGCGGGACUACAAGCCAAAUCUCUAUAAGGUUAAUCUGGUAUGAGUUUGUUUAUUAUGAGAUAGGUUGUCAAUCAAGGGUCUGGACCACAAACCAAAUUGUUAAGACAUAUUGACACUGUCUAGAGGUCACUAGAUGAUGACACUAAGUUUGUUUACUUGAAGAGAAAUGUAAAUUAGAGCGCUGAACUACAGGACACACCCCUACAAGUAUUUUGUUACACAAGCCACGGGUAUAAAACUGGCUUGCAAGGGCAUUUAGUAAAUUAAAUACUAAUAAUAAUGGCUGAUAAAAAGUCAUCACUUAUAUGGCGUUACUUUAAUGUCAAAACAAUGGACAACUCUAAAGCAGUUUGCAAUGCUUGUAAAAUAGUAAUGUCACGUGGUAAACCAGGCAAACCUAAAGACUUCUCAACCACCACUAUGAUUAGUCAUCUACGCUCGAAACACCCAGACUUAUUCAACGAAAUGACUGCAUUGAAAUCAGCAUCAAGUAAUAUCACUGCCUGUGCCAGUACGUCUACGAGCUCCAGUGAUUCGUCAAGCCUCACACACAAGCAGCAACCAGGGAUUAAAGAGGUCUUAGACAAAGCUAAAUUGUGGGAUAUUAAUAGUGAUAAUGCUAAACGCAUUCACUUGGCCUUAGCAAAGAUGAUUGCAACUGACAUGGAACCUUACCAAGUAGUUGAGAAGCCUGGAUUUAUUGGACUUUUACAAGUACUGGAGAAAAGAUACACUGUGCCUAGUCGCAAAUAUUUUACAGAACGUGUUAUUCCAGAUAUCUACGACAAUAUUUCCUCAAAGCUUCGUGAAAUGCUAUCUGAUGCUAAAAGCAUCGCUUUCUCAACGGACACUUGGACAGCUGAUAAUACCACCGAAUCAUAUUUUGGUUUAACUGCCCAUUGGUUGAAUGAGUCAUUUGACCGAAGCAGCUAUGUUUUGCAUUGUACAAAAUUUAAUGACCAGCAUACGGCUGCAAAUUUGCUGUACUUAAGAUAUUUACUAAGCCAUUAUCUGUAUUAGAUACAAACCAGAAGCGGUUUGUGGCCUUUAAAACACGAGCCUAAUGACAAGUUGAUGGUGUCAAAUACAUGAACACAAACAUCUACCCACUAUACAACUUAGAUUGUACUUAAGAAAGAUUUACGCUAUAAAACCAAGAGUGAACUUUUCCUUUAAAAGAUUUACAUUAGUUACAUAUAAGUUUAUAUAUUCUGCAUGAGUUAUCCCACAUUCUACUUUACAAUACAUACGCACACACCAUCUCAUGUUACAAAGAUUAGUUUAUGAUAAGCAUAUCUGUAAAAAAAAAAUGCUGUUCAUUUUAAUUUAUCAAUCAGUGAUAGAGUUUAAAGUAAGAAAGUAAAUAACAAAAUAAUAUGAAUAUAGGUAUGUUAUAUAAAAGAUUUGCAAAAACUUCAGUAAAACGAGCUGUUUGAGUCAUGUAGGUAUCCGGCUCCGGCCGAAUAUCUUAUUUUACUAUCCGGUUAUAUCCGGCUCCGGUCGGAUAUCAAAAAGUACUAUCCGGUGCACCCCUAAUAUAUAUAUAUAUAUAUAUAUAUAUAUAUAUAUAUAUAUAAUGAUACACAUUAAAACUAUUUUUAUAAAAUUUUAAAUAAUCAUCAGUUACAUAUAAUUAAAAUUCACAUCCACUAAUAAGUUUGAUUGGUUUUGUGUAUGUCUUAAUCAGGAAAUCUUGUGCUUAUUUUCAUUUGUCCUUCAACUUAUGGGGGCCUUAAGCAUUUUGUUACCUAUAACCUCAAAUGUUCUUAACAGUAUUUUGUCCCUUAAGCAUGCUAUACAAAUUUUAAGUUAUUCUUAUUAUAUUUUAUCUAGCUGAUAUCUGCUAAAAAGCACAUUCUGGCAUGUAUAAUACACUGAAAGGUUGCCGACUUAACAUUAAAACAUAGUGGGGGGUUUUCUUCAAAUUAUUUGCAUUUUGCAUCAUAAUCUUCUUUUAGGUCUAUGCACUUCUCCCAGUGAUGCCCUCAUUCUUUUACCAACUUCAACAAUUCCAAAAUGUGGCCUGUAUAACAUCUUUCCUAAACUAUAAGCUACACUCAGAGGACCUUUGUAAAUAAUUAUAUAAUGGAGAAAAUUACUAAACACUAAUUAGUAAAUAGUAUCUAUAGAACUUAUAAUGUAAUAUAUAAUUAAAUUAUAUUGCAUUAAACCGGCUGAAACUGAUAGCAGACAAAAUUAUAUCAGAAUAACAAGCAGGUAAUAGACAAGGUUGCAGCACAACAGAACAAAUACUAAACCUCAGGAUAUUCUUCAAUAAAUACUUUCAAUAACAAAGGAAUUUUUUCUGUCUUUAUUGAUUUCAAGAAAGCUUAAACAUUUGGGACUGGUUUAAAACCACAGAUGGAGUGAGACAAGGCUGCCUACUUUCACCAACUCUUUUCAAUGUCUUCCUUGAAAGGAUAAUGGAAGAUGCUCUCUGGGACUAUGAAGAUUCUGUGAAUAAUAACUUGCACUUUGGAUGACAGAUGGUCUAACAGACAGAAGAAGAUUUUUGAUUUUUUUGCACUAUUUAGGCCAUGUCGUGCUCAUAAUCCCUCAAGGGUUACUGGUUCUUUGCUCAAUGUCAACUAAAUUUUAGUAGUCAACCCCACCUCACGGAUAAAGCUCAGUAUUUUCCCAGGAUCAACGCCCUUAGACAGUGUUUUGCGGUUGUCUAUUCUAAAAUAUUUCCAUCUAAUAUCCUGGUAUCUGGGGCAUUCAAGGUGAAUAUGCUGUACGGUAAAGUAAGCAUCACAGUAAUCACACAAUGGGGGCUCCUCUCCCUUUACCACAAAGGCAUGUGUCGUAAGUGUGGCCAAUCCUAAGUCUGGACACGGUCGUGCUUCCAUGCCAUGUCAGACCCGUAGAUGAGGACUGCUGCCUGACAUACACCACAACCCAUCAUAGCUUGUUAUGGGUCUCAGCCUCCCACCAAUACUGCCACUCUCUGCCAAGUGGCAGAGGCUAUACUCUGUUUCAGGUCCGAGCAGGGAAUUUGGGUUCCUGACACAGCUUCAUUCAGGGCUCUCUUUGCUUCGCAGAAGAUCUAGCUGACUUAAUGAUGUGCAUAGACAAGACUUCGGCAGCAUAUGGUAUGCAAAUAAAUGCAAAAAAAAAAUUUUGACCAAUAGCCAACAGGCCUUUAAAAGGGACAUCAAUAUUGGAGGUGAAAAGCUAACAAGUGUCAGUGGUUUUAAAUACCUCAAAGCUAUCAUCUCAGAUGAAGGAACUAAACUUGAACUACUGGCCAGAAUUGCUCAGUCCACAGCAGCUCUUGCAAAACAAUAUGGAAAGGCAGCAUAAAAAAAUCAGACUUAUGCGCUCCCUUGUCAUGGCCACAUUCCUAUAUUCUUGCGAAUCUUGGGCACUGACUACAGCACUAGAGAGGAGGAUUUUAGCAAUGACAUUGGGAUGCUAAAACCGCAUUACAACGAAGAGAUUAGAGACAAGAUUAGUACAGCAAUUGGACCCAACGAUGAUCUGCCAACUACUGUAAAACAAAUGCAAACUAAAAUUCUAUGACUAUAUUACAAUGUCCACAGGACCUUCCUUCAGGGAACAGUACCAGGAAAAAAACGUGGCAGAGAAAGUGAUGCUUUUAAUUAAAGUGAUUGUGUAAUUCUAAUAUAUUUUUAAAAAUAUAUUUGAAGAUAGCUUAUUAAUGUUUGCCUUGUUCAAUAAUAGAUCUGUAAUACUUUUUUUGUUUCUUAUAAUAACUUCCAAUUUGUAUCAAUUUGUGAACAAAGAUUGGUCAACUGGUUUUGAUUUCUAUGAGGACAUACAUACAUAUUCCUUACAAUUUGCUUAAUAUAUAUAUAUAUAUAGAUAGUUUGAUAUAGAUAUACAGUGCUUU